AUGACAAUAAUCAAUCUCUCCGCCUCAGUAGUUGCGUCGCCACUCACAGUAUGCAAGAGGCUGGUGGUCGGCACGCCCUUCAACAAGCCUGCCGCUGAUGUGGUUGUUCACAGCAGUGAUGGUAUCGAUUUCUACAUCUGGAAGAGCAUCUUGGCCGAGUCCUCUUUGUUCUUCAAAGGCAUGUUCAUGCUAUCCCAGACCACCAAGCAUGUCAAAGACGAAUACAUUGAUGGCCACCCUGUAAUCUCAGUCUCGGAGACCAGUAAAAUGCUACGUUCUUUGCUUCUGUUCUGCUAUCCUGCGUGCAAUCCAACUCUUGGCAUAGACAAGGACAUUUGUGCUGUCUUGGAGGCUGCACGCAAGUACGACAUGGAGCAUGUGGCUGAGAGGGUGCGAGCGCUGUUCCUGGCAGAUGUGGAGGGCAAUCCAUUCCGCAUAUAUGCACUUGCCAAUGCUCGAGGUUGGAAGGAGGAAAUGAAGAUCACUGCCAAGGCCACCUUGUCGCGGCCACUCCUCCUCGAGCUGCCGGCCAUGUGUUCUCUUGGGAUGGAGGACCUCCCACUGGGCAACUUCUUCAAGCUCCAUGCGUACCAGCAGAUGUGCAUCGACGCCACUUACUGGCUUGUGCAGACCAAGCAGACCAACAUGCGCCUCUCCAUGGAUUGGCUCCCUGCUCGUGCACCUGAGACGGACUGGAUCUGGCUGAGGUGUCGACAUCGCAUUGCCUUGCCUGAGUUUACACCUAUUGGCAUUGCCCCGAGUGGCGCCGCGAAGACCCAUGUCAUGCUCAAUGGUGUCACGAAGGAAGCUUCAUUGUGGUGGGUCUGA